AUGACGAGGCCUAAUAUUUGACUGUCCUUUCUUUUUUAGCAAGCUAAGGACGCGGCUAGGGCGUCAGGGAAGAAGAAGGGGACGACUCUGUCCCAGCUGAAGAAGAGAGCUGUGCCGGCUGGCUCGGAGACUCCGAGUACCUUCAAGAAGCCAAAACCCCUACCUCGCCGUCUCGUGAAGAAAGACGAGUCGAAGGUUGCUGAGGGGGGAUGCCCUGAUGACGAAGAGAUGGGCGUGGACAAGCCGUCUCUGGUGGUGGACUUGGUGGAGGACCCUCUUUCGGGAAUCCCGGCCGACGUCCGCUCUCAGAUACCGGCGGAGGUGGCCCGCCGAGCUAGGUCUUCGGGCGCCAAAGACAAAGGGAAGGAUGCAGCUGCUGCCGAGGAUGAGAACGUACCUGCUACUCCCCACUAUUCGUCAAAGGAUAGGGUGGCUAUAUGCCGCAAGGUUUUUAAGGCCGUCCCCGCAGAGUAUGUUGCUUCUCUUCCUGGCCGCAAGACUGACGCCCAGUUUGGUGCGAUCCAGGCCACUCUUCUCGACUUGUUCUGCCGCAUGGAAUUCUGCAAGAGCUGGAAGACCCGCACUGCUGAGGAGCUCAAAGCUCAGGUGGCUGAGUCCACCCACCAUGGUGACUAUGCGUUCAAGUCCAUUGAAGAGGUCCGCCUGCAGAUGCAGACGACCAUAGACCUUCAAGCGAAGGAGGUGGCUGCGUUGAGAUCUGACAAGGCCGAGCUGCUUAAGAAGAUCUUGGCGCAGGACAAGGACAUGGUGGCAAUGGUCGAGGAGGCCAAGACAGCGGCGGCGGAAAUACGGGCGCUUCAGGACCAGUUGCGGGAGUACCCUCAGGUCAAAGAGGCGGCUGAGGAAGCCGAGCAUCUUCGUGGGGAGCUAGAGACGGCCAGAUCGCAAGUUCGCACCUUGCGUGAGCGUCUUCUGGAAUCCUAUGAUCAGGGGGAACAAGCGACCAAGGACGCUGUUAAGCACGCCUGGGAGAGCCACAUGUCAGAGUAUGAUCUUGGGUGGUUCCAGCGGCGAAUGGAGCACAGUGCCGCUGUGUUGGCUGCUGAACGUCUUGGUCAGCCGCCCCCUGAGUUUGUAUCAUCUGAUGACGAGGACGAUGCGGCCGCCCCCUGAUUUGCUUCCUUUCCU